AUGCCUGGAACAGGGAUCAUACAGAUUGCCCUUAGCCCCAAUAACCACGAAGUCCACAUCUAUAAGAACGGGAGCCAGUGGGUGAAAGCUCAUGAAUUCAAGGAGCACAACGGACACAUCACAGGUAUCGACUGGGCUCCCAAGAGUGACCGCAUGGUCACUUGCGGGGCCGACCGCAAUGCCUACGUCUGGGGUCAGAAAGGUGGAGUCUGGAAGCCGACCCUGGUGAUCCUGAGAAUUAACUGUGCAGCCACCUUUGUCAAGUGGUCCCUGCCAGAGAACAAAUUUGCCGAGGGCAGCAGAGCACGACUCAUUUCUGUUUGUUACUUCGAGUCAGAAAAUGACUGGUGGGUAAGCAAGCACAUAAAAAAACCCAUUCGCUCCACGGUCACCAGUACGCCCUGGGGCAGCAAGAUGCCUUUUGGUCAGCUGAUGUCAGAGUUUGGUGGCAAUGGCAGUGGCACUGGCGGCUGGGUGAACGGGGUCAGCUUCUUCACCAGCGGGAGCCGCCUGGCCUGGGUCAGCCACGACGGCACCGUGUCUGUUGUUGAUGCCUCAAAAAGUGUGCAGGUCUCAACUCUGAAGACAGAGUUCCUGCCCCUCCUGAUUGUGUCGUUCGACUCGGAAAACAGCGUUGUGGCUGCUGGCCAUGACUGCUGCCCCAUGCUCUUUAACUACGACGACUGCGGCUACUUGACCUUCAUCUCCAAACUAGACAUCCCGAAACAGAGCAUCCAGUGCAACAUGUUGGCCAUGGAGCGCUUCCGCAACAUGGACAAGUGGGCCACGACCGAGGACCGAAACACAGCCCUGGAGACGCUGCACCAGAACAGCAUCUCUCAAGUGUCUAUUUAUGAGGUGGACAAGCAAGAUUGUCGCAAAUUUUGCACUACUGGCAUUGAUGGAGCCAUGACCAUUUGGGAUUCCAAGACCUUAGAGUCUUCUAUCCAGGGCCUUUGGAUAAUGUGAAGCUGAGCGAGCCUCCCAGAUCCAGCAUGAGGA